AUGGCUGGGAGGGAGGGGGGUCUAGGCAGAGCGUUCGUGAGCGGGCUCGUCCUAAGCGCGUGUCAGGCGCCCGCCCAAAUCCACGCCGUCGCCGGUGCCUCUUACUCUGUGCUCGUGUGUCCUCCUCCCAGUGUACCAACCGACCUGGUCGCAUCCAAGGGCGGUCCUGAAAGAGGC